AUGCAAGCCUCUAGAUCAGCGACUCGCCACCUGCUACGGCACGCGACGCGUCCAACCUCGGGCUUCGUCUGUAGCAGCUGUCUGUCGCGUCGGUCCUCGAGCACGUCUGCUUCUCCCCGACCACCACCACCUCCACCUCCGAAUGCGGGGUUCACUGCCCUCAAGUCCCGUCGUCUAAUAUCGGUAUCUGGCCCCGAUGCUGCCAAAUACCUACAGGGCGUCGUGACCGCCAACAUCAUAAACAACAACAACAACAAGACCGGGUUCUACACGGCUUUCCUCAACGCCCAGGGGCGUGUGCUGCAUGACGUCUUUAUUUAUCCUGAUGCCAGCAAAGAUGGCGGAGGGUUCCUUAUCGAGGUUGACGCCACCGAGGCAGAGCGUCUGACGCGCCAUAUCAAGCGCUACAAGCUCAGAGCAAAGCUUAACCUGCGGCUUCUAGACGACGGGGAAGCCACUGUUUGGCAGGUUUGGGAUGAUUCCAAGACCGAUUUUUCAUUCUCGGUCGGCAUGACGGCCCCCCUGAGAGAUCCUCGCUCGCCAAAGCUGGGCUACCGCAUUCUCACGUCCGGGGACCAUGCGCAGACGCCCCAGCUGGAUCUCGACCAGACCCCCGAGACGAGCUACCGUAUCCGGAGGUACCUUCAGGGAGUGGCCGAAGGGCAGGCCGAGAUUCUGCGCGAGCAUGCCCUCCCCGCCGAGAGCAACAUGGACGUCACGGGCGCUAUCGACUUCCGCAAGGGCUGCUACGUCGGGCAAGAACUGACGAUCCGCACGCGGCACCGCGGAGUCGUGCGCAAGCGCAUCCUCCCGUGUGUGCUCUAUGACCAGUCUGAGGCUCCCGAGCGCCUGGAGUACAAGCACGAUGGCCCCGUGACUGCCGAAGCUGUGCCGCCUGAGACGAGUAUCGGGCGCGCCGCAAAGAAGGGCCGUAGUACGGGCAAGUGGCUUUCCGGGGUCGGCAACAUCGGACUGGCACUUUGUAGACUGGAGAUCAUGACGGAUUUGACUCUGCCCGGGGAGCCUGCCGCGACACCUGCUGCGACACUGGAGUCGGGCAACGAUGAGUUUGUCUUGACGCCCAAGACUGAGGAGGAAGGCGGCAGUGGUGGGUCAUCUUUCAAGGUGAAAGCGUUUGUGCCGGACUGGUUGAGGCAGGGGUUGGCUCUUCAGACUGCUGGUCACUGA